GGUCUGGAUAACAGCACACGAAGGAACCAAACAAAACAAAAUUAGGUAAACUUGUAAGGCACUGCAGUAUUACUGGUGCAUCUUCUACACAAUCAUGCCCGGCUUCACUUGCUGCGUGCCCGGAUGCUACAACAACUCACACCGGGACCGAGAUCUGCGAUUCUACACCUUUCCGAAGGACCCCACUCAGCGAGAGAUAUGGCUGAAGAACAUUUCGCGGGCCGGGGUGAGCGGCUGCUUUAGCACUUUCCAGCCCACCACUGGUCACCGAGUCUGCAGCGUCCACUUCCCCGGGGGCAGAAAGACCUACACCAUACGCGUCCCGACGUUGUUCCCUCUGCGCGGGGUGAACGAGAGACGGGGCAGACGUGGCCGGAGCAGGAAGAUUUCUGCGGUCGUGCCCAUCAUCACCAACGUCGUGUCCACCGCAAACGAGACCGCGCCGCUGGAGGAGGAAGAGGAGGAGGGGGACAUCGAAAACACCACCGUUGUGCAAAUCGGUCAGAACGGCCAGUACAUCGCGCCCGUGGACCUCACGUCCUCCGGGGACGGCUCGUGCAUCGCAGCGGUGGUGUCCGGCGGCGAGGAGUCCGCGGUCAUCGAGUCAUGCUCAGUGGCCGACUUCGCGCUGUGCGGGGCGGAUCACUCGUACUCGCUCACCACCGGCACAACGUCCACGGAGUUGCUGCGGAAGCUGAACGAGCAGCGGGACAUCAUCGCGCUGAUGGAGAUUAAAAUGAAGGAGAUGAAGCACACCAUUCGGCAGCUGCGCGUCACCGAGGCACGGCUAAAGGAGGAGCUGCGGCAGCGCGAGCAGGAGCGGGACCGGCUGAUCUGCGCCAACACCAUCAUCAAGAGGAAACUCUGACGAACAACCGGGACCUAAGAUGGACUAGAGACGCGCAGGACGGUCUGUGCUUCUGUGCGACGACAAUUGAGC